AUGUCGUCCCCUUUCCGCUCCCCACUUGCCUCCUCGAACUCCACCCGCAUUGGUACUCCUCACGCAAACAACGGCCCUUUUGACAGUUAUCGCGCUAGUGAAGAUUCAGAGCCUAAGGCAGACUUAAGAGAAUUAAAAUUGUCUGUGAAAGAGUCUGUCGGCGAUGAAGGGAAUGGCCAGGGCUUUUUGACUGGUCCCACCCCGUUGGAGACUUUACCUGCAUGGAGACGUGGACUGGCCGCGACCUCUCCUUUCACUGCGUCCGAAGACAAAGAAUCUGAUGAUGUACUGCCAUUGCUCGCCAACUCGAGUCGUACUCUAAGCUAUUCUCGGAGACGGUGUAGGGGACCUAAGCUAGCCCGCUGCGUAUUAUUCCCUCUCCUAGGAUUCUUCAUCAUGCUAGGUAUCAUUCAAUUCAUUAUUAUUGCCUGUGGCAUUGCCAUGACGUUCUUCUCGGAUGACCUCGACCGUUUGUCGAUUCUUCGUUGGCAACACGAGGAAAGAUUGGUCGCGAACGUCUCUCAUUGGCCCACGGACUUUACCAGAGAUAUCAUCCCAGUUGGAUGCCAUUCACACAAUGACUAUUGGCGGCCAGUUCCCCUGUUUUCUGCUAUACAGGCGGGGUGUAUUGGCGUGGAAGCCGACGUAUGGCUUUUUGACGACGAACUAUACGUGGGUCAUACCACUUCGUCGCUGACACGGCAGCGCACGCUGAGGAACUUGUACAUUGAUCCCCUAAUAAGGAUACUCGGGAAACAAAACCCAACUUCCAAACUCCACCCUACUGCAGAUCAGUCAUUGCAGGGAGUUUUCGACACUGACCCAUCCCAGAGCCUUAUCCUACUCAUUGAUUUCAAGACUGACGGAGAUGCGACAUGGAAUACAGUCGUCGAGCAGUUGUCACCCCUCCGCGGGCGUGGCUAUCUUACCCACUUUAACGGUACUGACGUGGUCAAUGGCCCUAUCACAGUUGUGGGAACGGGCAAUACCCCCUUCAACCUGGUGGCGGCGAACAGUACUUAUCGAGACAUCUUCUUCGAUGCUCCUUUAGAGAAAUUGGCUGAGGACUAUGACAUGGAUAAUGCUGAGAGUCAAGGUUUCGAAGAUCACAUUCCAGAGGAUGAAGGAGUGAUGACGGACCGGUCUAACGAGAAUGUCGGCCAGGGCCUCUCGGGCUUCUCCGGCGACGAGAUCGGCCCUGGCACGUUCAACUGGACCAACAGUUACUAUGCAUCUGUUUCUUUUAGGAAGUCGAUCGGCUUUCCUUGGUUGUUCCACCUCAGUGAUCGACAAACCGACAAGAUUAAAGCGCAGAUCCGGGGCGCCCACCAGCGCGGACUCAAAGUUCGGUAUUGGGAGUUACCUAGCUGGCCUCGGAGUUUGAGGAAUCAUAUCUGGACUGUUCUGGUUCGCGAAGGGGUUGAUAUCCUCAACGUUGACGAUCUGCAGAGUGCCACCAAACAGGACUGGAGACCCAAAUUCUCUGAUUGGUGGCACUAG